CAAAAACACAUCUCUCUCUUUAUCUCUAUAGGCUUCUUGAUUUUUGAGAGUGUCUUAAAACGAAGCUGUCUGUUGUCAUUGUGGGUCUUCUUCUGGUUUUAUGUCGUUGUUCCUAUUAACUAACUCACAAUCAUCCAACGAAGCUCUUUAUCUUUUCUCAUAUUUUAUUUCCAUAUUUUCUCUAAGUCACCUCCUGAAUUUCAAAUUCAAAGCUUUGAGCUUCCUGCAAGUUUUUAGUUAAGCCCUCUGCAGAAAACUAAAAAUGCCAAGACCAAGAGUUUCAGAGUUGUCUCAUGGGCAAUCUUCGAGGCUGAGGACAUCAUCAUCUACAUCUCACUUGAAUCAUCCCAACCGUCUAACCACUACUGACCGGAGUUCUAAUAAGCUUGGUGCUGACCGUAAAUCUCCUAGAAGCGGUGGUGGGCCUCCGCUUGGUCAGAAGAAACUUGGGGGUCGAAUAUCGGAUCUAGAGUCGCAGUUAGGACAAGCACAAGAGGAGCUGAGACUGCUCAAAGAUCAGUUGGCUAAUGCUGAAGCUGUCAAGAAAGAAGCUCAAGAUGAGCUUCAUCAUGAUAACAAAUCUACCAAACCAAACCCUCUGGAUGGAGAGGAAGGUUCUGCUUCUGAGGCAGAAGCAGUUGAUAGAGACGAGAUCCCUGGUGAUGCGGAGAAAGAGACUGAUGUGUUUGAAGUUCCUGUUGAGAAGAUUGCUAUAGUAGAAGAAGAAGAUGAGAAACUUGUAGAUGAGGUCAAGAUGUUGAAAGCUAGACUGUAUGAUAUGGAGAAAGAACAUGAAUCACUAGGCAAAGAAAACGAGAUUUUAAAGAAUCAGUUAACUGACUCAGCUUCUGAGAUGUCUAACGUGAAAGCUAAAGAAGAAGAGACGGCUUCAAAGGUGAGUCAGAUUGGAGAAGAGUUGGAAGAAAGCAGGGCAGACACAGCUCAGCUAAAGGAGAAGCUUGAGUCCAUGGAAGAGGCAAAAAAAGCUUUAGAGGCUGAGAUGAAGAAGCUUAGGGUUCAAACCGAGCAAUGGAGGAAGGCGGCUGAUGCCGCAGCUGCGGUUCUCUCUGGAGAGACUGAGAUGAACGGUCGGGAUCCAUCUGGUGGGUUAUUUGACCCGAGUGGGGUGGUUGGGUUCAUGGAUGAUGAUUCUGAUGGUUUUGGAAGUGGGAAGAGGAAGAGUUCAGGGAUGAAGAUGUUUGGUGACUUGUGGAAGAAGAAAGGGCACAAGUGAGAUAUGCAUGACUAUGUUUUUGCUUACCAUUUGUAUUGUAUUAAUCUUGAGACUUUUGUAAGUUGGUCAGCUUCAUCAGAAGCUCACUCAUCAAUCCAAAUCAUUUGCAUAUUCUCUUU